UUGUCGGUGACACACACGGGGAACCUGUGUGCGAUUGAGAUGGCGGUCGGAACAGCGAGCACAACUAACGAAUAAAUAUUACCCCGUCUGAACAUAAACUGUGGAACUUGUAGCGCCUUCGCAUUUACCCUAAAGUGUAACCCGGAACGUAGCAUAGCGCUAUGGAGAAACCGACAGUCGCACUUGUGUAUCAAGCUGUUCAGGCUCUUUAUCAUGAUCCGGACCCCGCCGGCAAAGAGCGAGCCUCUGUGUGGCUGGGGGAGCUACAGAGAUCGAUGUACGCGUGGGAGUUGGCAGACCAGCUCCUCCAGCUGAAACAGGACGUGGAAUCUUGUUACUUUGCCGCCCAGACCAUGAAGAUGAAGAUCCAGAUGUCGUUCUUUGAGCUUCCCCCAGAGACCCAUAUCGCCCUCCGAGACUCCCUGCUCUCACACAUACAGAGCCUCAAAGACCUCUCCCCCAUCAUCGUCACCCAGCUCGCUCUGGCCAUUGCAGACCUCGCCCUACAGAUGGCCUCCUGGAAGGGCUGUGUCCACACCCUCAUUGAAAAGUAUAGCAAUGACGUCAGCUCCAUGACGUUUCUGAUAGAGAUCCUUACAGUGCUCCCCGAGGAGGUCCACAGCCGCUCCCUACGCAUCGGAGCCAAUCGCAGGACAGAGAUCAUCGAGGACCUGGCCUAUUACUCCAGUACUGUGGUCACCCUACUGAUGACGUGUGUGGAGAAGUCUGGCAGUAAUGAGAAAAUGCUGAUCAAGGUGUUCCGCUGUCUGGGCAGCUGGUUCAACCUGGGAGUCCUGGACAGCAACUUUAUGGCCAACAACCAGCUCCUCAUGGUCCUUUUCCAAGUGCUGCAGAGAGAUGAGACGUCCACCAACCUGCACGAGGCCGCAUCCGACUGUGUGUGUUCAGCGCUGUACGCCAUCGAGAACGUGGACACGCACAUGCCCCUGGCCCAGCAGCUCUUCCAGGGCGUCCUCACGCUGGAGACAGCCUACCACAUGGCCGUGGCACGGGAGGACCUCGACAAAGUGUUGAAUUACUGUAGGAUCUUCACUGAGUUGUGUGAGACGUUUCUGGAGACGACCGUCAGGAGUCCAGGCCAGGGCAUGGGAGACCUGCGGACGCUUGAGCUACUGCUCAUCUGUGCAGGACACCCUCAAUAUGAGGUCGUGGAGAUCUCCUUUAACUUCUGGUAUCGUCUGGGAGAGAACCUGUAUAAGACCAACGACCCUGCCCUCCACGGCAUCUUCAGACCCUAUAUCCAGAGACUGCUGCACGGCCUGGCCCGCCACUGCCAACUAGACCCCGACCACGAGGGCAUCCCAGAAGAUACUGAUGACUUUGGGGAGUUCAGGAUGAGGGUGUCUGAUCUUGUGAAGGAUGUCAUUUUCCUUGUGGGCUCCAUGGAAUGUUUCUCCCAGUUGUACUCCACUCUAAAAGAAGGGAACCCUCCCUGGGAGGUGACUGAGGCUGUUCUCUUCAUCAUGGCCGCCAUCGCCAAGAGUGUAGACCCUGAGAACAACCCCACCCUGACAGAGGUGUUAGAGCAGGUGGUGCUGCUGCCAGAGACUGUCCAUAUCGCCGUGCGCUACACCAGCAUUGAGCUGGUGGGGGAGAUGAGUGAGGUCGUUGACCGCAACCCGCGGUUCCUAGCCCCGCUCUAUGUCACAGACCCCGUGCUGAACUACCUGAUGAAGGGCCUGAGGGAGAAGACCCUGGCUUCCGUGGCGGCCAAGGCCAUCCAUAACAUCUGCUCUGUGUGUCGGGACCACAUGGCCCAGCACUUCCAGGGCCUGCUGGACAUCGCCCGUGCCCUCGACUCCUUCGCCCUGACGACCGAAGCCGCCGUAGGCCUCCUCAAAGGUACAGCCCUGGUCCUGGCUCGCCUGCCCCUGGAGAAGAUCGCUGAGUGUUUGAGUGACCUGUGUGCUGUGCAGGUCAUGGCCCUCAAAAAGCUUCUCUCUCAGGACCCCAGGAAUGGGAAAGCUGCUGACCCCACUGUCUGGCUGGACAGACUAGCCGUCAUCUUCCGACACACAAACCCCAUCGUAGAGAAUGGACAGACACACCCAUGUCAGAAAGUUAUCCAGGAGAUCUGGCCGGUCCUAUCAGAGACUCUGAACACACACCAGGCUGAUAACCGCAUCGUGGAGCGCUGUUGUCGCUGCCUGCGGUUUGCUGUGCGCUGCGUGGGCAAGGGCUCUGCCUCUCUACUACAGCCACUCGUCACACAGAUGGUCAGUGUGUAUCAGGUGUAUCCCCACUCCUGCUUCCUGUAUCUGGGCAGCAUCCUGGUGGAUGAGUACGGCAUGGAGGAGGGCUGCAGGCAAGGUCUACUGGACAUGCUGCAGGCUCUUUGUAUGCCCACCUUCCAGCUAUUGGAGCAGACCAACGGCCUCCGUAACCACCCAGACACAGUAGAUGACCUCUUCAGACUCGCUACCAGGUUUGUCCAGCGUAGUCCCAUCACCCUGCUCAGCAGUGGCAUCAUCGUCCACAUCAUCCAGUGUGCCAUCGCGGCCACGACACUGGACCACCGGGAUGCCAACUGCAGCGUCAUGAAGUUUGUCAGAGACCUCAUCCACACGGGCGUCAGCAACGACCACGAGGAUGACUUUGAGCUGCGGAAGCAGCUAAUAGGCCAGGCCAUGGGGCAGCACGGGCAGCAGUUGGUCACCCAGCUCAUGCACACAUGCUGCUUCUGCCUGCCACCUUACACACUCCCCGAUGUGGCUGAGGUGCUCUGGGAGAUCAUGGUGUUCGACAGGCCGACGUUCUGCCGCUGGCUGGAGAAUGCGCUUAAGGGGCUUCCUAAAGAGACGUCUGGCGGGGCGGUGACCGUCACACACAAACAGCUCACAGACUUCCACAAGCAGGUCACCAGUGCAGAGGAGUGUAAGCAGGUGUGCUGGGCUAUCCGGGAGUUCACCAGAUUGUUCCGAUAGCCACGCCC